AUGCCUGGCAAAUUAAACGAAUCAAGAGAAUCAAAUUGCAUUUGUGACGGUUUAACCGAAAUGGAUGGCGACAUUCAUAAAAGUCAAAAUUCUGAUGAAAUAAAUGUAAACGAAUCUGAGAUUAAAAACAACUGGUUUAAAACAUGGCCGAAUGAAAAAAAUUAUGACAAGUUAAAUCAAAUAUCCGAUUCCAAUAUGGAUUCCGAUUCGGCUGAGAAUUUUAAAAGUAUGAAAUCUCAAAUACCCUUAAAUAAGUUACUAGAUAAAAUUCCACUAGCAUAUUCUCCCAUUACUAAACAAAUACAUAUAUUAACAUCGAAUGAAAAUAAAAUUUUAACUCGUGAAAAUUAUCAGUUAGUCGACGAUAAUGAAAAUUUGGAUGAUAGCGACGAGGACACUCGACAAUUUUGGACUUCUUCGACCACGCCUCAAAUUAACGAUGAAGGUAAAAAUUUAGUUCUUCAAUCGUGCAUGCAAGAAACAAACGAAUGCGAAGAAAAUAAAUUAAAUAAAUUAUGGAAUAGUAAAAUUGGUUACUCCGAUGAAAAAUGCGAAAAAAAUGGACGUUUAAAAACUGAACAAAACAUGGUUAAAACAGAAACAAGUUCAUUUUCUAGCAUAGUCUCAAGUCUAAGUGAUUCUAAUUCUCACAUUGAUGAAAGCAUGUCGAAUAAAUUUAACGUAGUAGAAGAUAAUGAUGAAAUGUCUGUUAGAAGUCAUUGGAGUCAUGAUUCCGGAUCAACUUGCGAAGAAAAUAGUAAAUUUUUCGACAAUAAGUGUAAAAUCCCUGGGAAUAAAGAUGAUAAAAGAAAAAGUGGAUUUUCUGGAUUUUUCACAAAAAACGUUUUUACAUGGAAGCCAACAAACGCUUUAUCAUCUCACGGUUGGAAAUUAUUUGGAAAAGUUUCGAACAACGAUGAGAAAACGUCAUCGAAUAAUCCCACGGUAUUCGAAUUCGAGAACCAAUCAUCGAGCAAUGAUUCACCCGCGACUGUUAAAAAAUACGAAGACGUCGUUAUCAGUAGCUCGGCAUUGAUAUUGCAUAAUCGUCCGGCAAAUUUACCCGCAAAAUCUUUGGACGAAAAAUUAAAACACGAAUUGGAAUACGAGCAAAUUGUCGAAGCUGCCAAGAGAAAGGAAUUGAAAGAGUCCAAGAAAAGAAAAAAACAAAUCCAACAACAAUUGAAAUUUGAAGAACAAUUAACGAACGCUUCGAAAACGUGGAAUUUGGAUAUUUUACCAAAAUGGGAAACGAUGAAAAAUACUAAAAAAACCCGGGAUUUGUGGUGGUCUGGAAUUCCACCCUCUCUCAGGGGAAAAGUAUGGAAAUUGGCAAUCGGAAAUGAUUUGAAUAUAACUCAUCAAUUGUACGAAAUUUGUCUUGCCAGAGCGCAGGAAAAAUUAAAAUCCGGAGGAGGAGGAGGAAAGAAAAAAUCUUCUCGAGAAAACAGUCCGAGUAGUUCUGGUAACAAAGAAUCCAGCGUCGAACUCAUACAAUUGGAUAUAUCCAGAACUUUUCCACAAUUGUGCAUUUUCCAAGAGGGAGGUCCUUAUUAUGAUAUUUUACAUUGUUUGUUGGGUGCUUACGUUUGUUACAGACCAGACGUGGGUUACGUUCAGGGAAUGUCUUUCAUAGCGGCAAUAUUAAUUUUAAAUUUGGAACCCGCGGAUGCGUUUGUUUGUUUUGCCAAUUUGCUCAAUCGUCCCUGUCACAUGGCAUUUUUCACGUUGAAUCAAACUCUGAUGAAUGCUUAUUACGAAACGUACAAUAGUUUUUUAAAAGAAAAUUUACCCAAAUUGAGUCAACAUUUCGAAGAAUCUUGUCUCACUCCGGAUUUGUAUUUGUUGGAUUGGGUUUACAGCGUUUUUGCCAAAUCCAUGCCUUUGGACGUUGCUUGCAGAAUUUGGGACGUUUUCCUAAGAGACGGAGAAGAAUUUCUAUUUCGAACUGCUCUAGGUAUUUUACAUCUACAUCAAAACAAAUUGUUAAAAUUGGAUUUCAUAAACGGAGCACAGUUUUUAACGAAAUUACCGGAGAAUUUAUCACCGGAUCUUUUAUUCAAAUCAAUCGAUUGUAUUAAAAUGUCAAUAGGUAAAGUGAAAUUUAGUCAAAUAUUAUCAACGUACGUUGAAAAUGGUGGAUCUCACCAAAGAUGA